AUGGGCACUUCGAUUCAGGGCAAGGAGUUGGGACCGGAGGAUUUCGGUGGGGCGGACUACGAAGGCUGCAAUGAGUACCUGACCCUAACCAGACCGGAUGUGAUUUCCGACAUUCACCAGGGAUUCCUGGAUGCCGGAGCGGACAUCCUGGAAACCAACACCUUCGGCUCUACUUCGGUAGUUCUGGCGGAAUACGACCUGGCACAUGAGGCACUCCGGCUGAACCUGUCCGCCGCCAAACUGGCCCGCGAAGCGGCGGAUGCCGCGUCCACUACCGACCGGCCCCGAUUUGUGGCCGGAUCUAUGGGGCCCACUACCAAGACCAUAUCUGUGACCGGCGGAAUUACCUUUGACGAAUUAGCGGAAUCAUACCGUGAGCAGGCAAUGGGCCUGGUUGAGGGCGGCGUUGACCUGCUGCUGUUAGAAACCACGCAGGACACCAUCAACGCGAAGGCCGGCCUCAUCGGAAUUGACAUGGCCUUUGCUGAACUCGGUUACGAAAUUCCAGUGGCCAUACAAGGCACCAUUGAACCCAUGGGCACAUUGCUGGCGGGUCAGGACGCUGAGGCAUUUUACACUUCCCUGGCUCAUCGCGACCUGCUUUGGAUUGGCUUCAACUGCGCUACCGGACCCGAUUUCAUGACGGACCAUGUCCGCACUCUGGCUGGCCUGUCCCGUUUUCCGGUCGCCUGCGUGCCCAACGCCGGCCUGCCCGACGAAGACGGCAAGUACAACGAAACACCUGAAAUGCUGGCCGCCGCCAUCGGCCGCUUUGUCAACAAUGGCUGGCUCAACGUUAUUGGUGGUUGCUGCGGUACCGGACCGGAACAUAUCCGGUUGCUGGCCCAGCGGGCUGCCACUUCCAACCCCAGGACACCCGUAAAACUUCAGGAAACCCGAGUUUCCGGCAUUGAAGCCCUGGUAGUAGACGAGGACACCCGACCCGCAAUCGUGGGCGAGCGCACUAACGUCCUGGGCAGCCGGAGAUUCCGCCGCCUCAUCGGCCAGGGCAAGUUCGAGGAGGCCGCCGAGGUUGGCCGACGCCAGGUUCGAAACGGCGCCCACAUCCUGGACGUGUGUCUACAGGAUCCGGACCGGGACGAAAUGGCCGACGUUAUCGAGUUUCUUGACCUGGUUACCAAGAAGGUUAAGAGCCCCAUAAUGAUCGACUCCACUGACGCCGCCGUAAUCGAGGAAUCCCUGAAACGACUGCAGGGCAAGUCCAUCAUCAACUCCGUUAACCUGGAGGACGGCGAAGUCCGUUUUGAGGCAGUGGCGCCCCUGGCCAGGGCUUACGGUUCCGCUUUGGUUGUCGGCUGCAUAGACGACGACAAGCAGCAAGCCCAGGCAAUCACCAAGGAACGCAAGCUGGAGAUAGCCCUGCGUUCCCGGCAGUUGCUUACCGAAAAGUAUGGCAUCCCCGAAGAGGAUCUGAUAUUCGACCCGCUGGUCUUCCCUGCCGGCACCGGUGAUCAGAACUACGUGGGCUCCGCCGCAGAAACCAUAGAAGGAGUUCGACUGAUCAAGGAAACCUUGCCCAAUACAAAGACGGUUUUGGGCAUUUCCAACGUUUCCUUUGGCUUGCCCGCAGCUGGGCGCGAAGUGUUCAACUCCGUAUUUCUCUACCACUGCGUCCAGGCCGGCCUGGACAUGGCCAUCGUCAACUCGGAAAUGAUGCAGCGUUAUACCUCAAUCCCCGAGGAAGAACGCCAGCUUUGCGAGGACUUGAUAUGGAACCGAGGUGAAGACCCAGUGGCGGCCUUUGCCGCCCACUUCCGGGACAAGGCGCCCAGGUCCACCACCGAGGAGCGCCGCAACCUGCCUCUGGACGAGCGAUUGUCCCUGGCCAUUAUUGAAGGCUCAAAGGAGGGACUGGCCGGGGACCUGGACGAAGCGUUGCAGGGACGCGCGCCAUUGGAGGUUAUUAACGGCCCGCUCAUGGCUGGCAUGGACGAGGUGGGGCGCCAGUUUAACGCAAACCAACUAAUUGUGGCUGAGGUGCUUCAAUCUGCAGAGGCGAUGAAGUUCGCCGUUGCCCAUUUGGAGCCGCACAUGGAAAGAGCGGAUUCGGCCAGUAAGGGCAAGGUAAUCCUCGCCACCGUCAAGGGUGACGUUCACGACAUUGGCAAGAACCUGGUGGACAUUAUCCUGUCCAACAACGGCUACCAGGUCAUCAACCUGGGCAUCAAGGUUCCGCCGCAGGACCUGAUCGCCGCCUGUAACGAGCAUCACCCGGACAUAGUUGGUCUCCGGACUGCUGGUCAAGUCGGCCCAAAUGAUGGUGGAGACGGUCCGCGAUUUCCGCCAGGCGGGGGUUGGCCCCCCCAUACUGGUGGGAGGCGCUGCUUUGUCUAA